AUGGCAAAAGCGAAGCCUGCAGCAGCGGCGGCGCCAACGCGCAAAAGCAUUCCACGCGCCGCAAAGAGCGACACCGCAAAGAAGGCCGCAGCAGCGGCAAAGGAAGCAACACAAGCCAACACUUCGAAGAAGCGCGCCCCUGCCAAAGCCGCAGCCAAGAAGAAACCCACCGCCAAAGCGGCGGCCAAGCCUACCGGUGUGAAGAAGUCGACAAGCCCGAAGAAGAAGGCUGCUGCGAAGAAAACCACAACUAAGGCUCCAGCGAAGAAAGUCGCCACGAAAGCGGCGACGAAGGCUCCAGCAGCAAAGAAAGCUGCUGCUAAGAAGCCGGCUACAAAGAAGGCUGCCACCAAGAAAACCACGGCGACGAAGGCCCCGGCGGCGAAGAAGGCUGCAACGAAGCAGCCCGCCACUUCCAGACAAGCCUCGCCGGCCAAAUCGUCGAGAGGAGUCUCUCCUGAGAUGAAGAGGGAGAAGGUCUCGGCGUCGUUGGGCGGAAGCAACGCUGCAAGACCAUCAGGCAAGUUAGCUAGACUAACAGGCUUCGAGCGAAACAUUGCGGAGAUGAACGGAGAUCUACCGCUCGACAGACUCCUUGGGAGAAUCAAGUCCGUCACAGUAAGGCAUGCCCAUCUCCUGGUCGAGCUCGCCGAUACUAAUGCUUUCGUCUUCGUUCAGCCGCAGCCACAGAGGGACCCGCGACGCAACAAAUCGGCAUCCCCAGCGAAGAGCGUGAGCCCUGGCAAGAUUUCGAAGCCGAGCGUCCAGAAGAAACCUCAUUCGAAGUGA